UCAAAGCAGCACAAGCGCCACUACAGUAGCAGCUUACCGCUGAGAACCGAGCGCAACGUGCUAGCAUCUAACACUGUAGCCACGGGCAUCGUGAAACCUUCUUAUCUUUGUUGGGAUUGUUGGCAUCUCUUGUUUUCCUUUAAUACCUGCCCUUAUGAAAUGGAGAGGAGGACGCGUCGGACAUCAUGUUAUUUCGUGCGCUUUGUUACGCUCUUCCUCUGCGCACGAGCGUCAGGCAACCUGCCACAGUGUAAAGAGACAGACUAUUACUUUGAGUACACAGAAUGCGACAGCACAGGGUCCAGAUGGAGAGUAGCCAUUCCUCACAGACAGGGCAGCUGCACGGGCCUGCCAGAGCCGGUCAGAGGCACAGACUGCACCUUUUCCUGUGAAGCCGGGGAGUUUUUAGAGAUGUCUUCACAGCAGUGCACAUCAUGUGCGGCCGGCUCAUAUUCAUUGGGCAGCGGUGUGCGUUUCGACCAAUGGGAUUCCAUCCCUGCCGGAUUCAGCAGCCUGGCCACAUACAUGGAUUCAGGAAGUUCAGGGGACGACUCGAUGACCUGCAACAAUUCUUCAUGGACAGCUCAGGGAACUCACUUGGAGUCCAAUCGUGAUGACUGCACAGUGUCGCUGGUGUACGCAGUGCAUCUCAUGAAACAAGGCUCCGUCUCCUUCGACUAUCAAUACCUGGACACUAACAUCUUCUUUGAGUUCUUUAUCCAGAAUGAUCAAUGCCAGGAGAUGGACCAGGCAGGAAGUGAGAAAUGGAUCAAACUCACCACAAACGGAGAGUGGGGAACCCACACGGUUAAUCUAAAGUCAGGAACAAACAUUCUGUAUUGGAGAACCACUGGAAUGCUUUUGGGUGGGAAGCCUGUGAAGCCGGUCCUUUUGAAGAACAUUCAGAUCGAAGGCGUGGCGUACACGUCCGAGUGUUUCCCAUGCAGACCGGGCACCUACAGUAAAACUCCAGGCUCUUCCUCCUGUGAUCUCUGUCCCAGGAAUACGUACUCUGGAAAAGGAGCCAGCUCCUGUACGCCAUGCUCGGAGACACAGUAUUCCCAGGAGGGCUGGUCGGAGUGCAAAGAAAAACCACCGUGUUCGGAGAAAGACUAUUCCCAAAUCCAUACUGCGUGCGACGGCGAUGGCAAGACCCAGAUUUUGUACAGAUGGGUUGAGCCACAGGUGUGCGUUGAAAAUGUGACCGGUGCUGUGACGCAGCCCCCUAGUGGAGAGAAGGAGGACUGCCCACCCUGUAAUCCAGGCUUCUACACGCACAACACUUCCACCUGUCUGCCGUGCCCGCAAGGGACCUAUUCUGAUGGCACCACAGAAUGUCAAAGAUGCCCAGGGGGAACCGAACCGUCUCUGGGAUACGAGUACAAGUGGUGGAACAUCCUGCCGAGGAAUAUGAAAUCAUCUUGUUUUAAUGUGGGAAACUCCAAGUGUGAUGAAAUGAAUGGUUGGGAAGUGGCUGGCGACCACAUCCGCAGUGGAGUGGGAGGCUCGGAUAAUGAUUACCUCAUCCUUAACCUACGAGUGCCUGGAUUCAAACUUCCUACGUCUGUGGAUGACGCAUCGGCGACUGAGUUUGGACGUAUUACUUUUAUCUUCGAGACCAUCUGCAGCGCAGACUGUGAACUUUAUUUUAUGAUAGAUGUGAACAGGAAGAGCACUAAUGUAGUGGAAUCGUGGGUAGGAAGUAAAGUCAGACAGGCAUAUACCCACAUCAUGACCAAAAAUGCAUCUGUGUCCUACACAUGGGCUUUCCAACGCACCAACAAAGCCAUGGAUGCACGUCAGUAUGUGAACGACAUAGCGAAGAUCUACUCCAUCACGGUGACUAACGCUAUGGAUGGCUCGGCGUCCGGAUGCCACGCCUGCGCUAUGAUGCGUCAACAGGAGGGCUCGUCCUGCGUCCCCUGUCCUGCCGGACAUUUCAUCAACAAAGACACAAACCAGUGUCAGGAGUGCCCGGCCAACACCUUCCUCUCUGGGCAUCACAUUUACGGCCGGGAAGCCUGUCAGCCAUGUGGACCUGGUAGCAAGAGCAACAAGGAACACUCUGUGUGUUUUAACGACUGCUCCUUCUCACAUGUUGUUGCCAACCGAAAUUUGACCUAUGACCUUAGUGCCUUAAGUUCGGUGGGGUCGAUCAUGAACGGGCCUAGCUUCACCUCCAAAGGAACCAAAUAUUACCACGAAUUUAACAUCAGUCUGUGCGGCACAGAGGGGAGGAAAGGGGCGGUGUGCACCGACAAUGUUACAGAUCUAUCCAAUAAGGACCUGCAGAACGAAUCAGCUGACCUCAACAAUUUUGUGGAGACUUUUGUGUGUCAAUCAACCAUCAUCCCUGCAGAUGGGCGGGGCUUCAGAACAGCCCUGUCCUCUCAGUCCAUAAGCCUGGCUGACACUUUCCUCGGAGCUUCUCUUGGUAACAUGCUGGAUGGAGUGUACGCGAGCCCAGACCUUUUUUCACAGGCCUCACGGAAAGUUCCAUAUAUCCAUUUCUUCUUUCGCUCUCCCCAGCCGACGGCAUCUUGCCUGAACGGCCGUAGUACAGUCGUAACUCUCCGCUGCAACCCUGAGAAGAGCGAGCGUGGGGAGCUCACCGUGCCGAGCAAGUGCCCAGCAGGUACAUGUAAUGGCUGUGAGUUUCACUUCCUCUGGGAGAGCUCCAGCGCUUGUCCACUCUGCACCGAGGCCGACUACCACUCGAUAGAAGGUGCAUGCAAAGGAGGAAUGCAGGAUACGCUGUAUGUGUGGAGCGAACCGAAACUCUGCAUUAAAGGGGUUACACUCCCGAACAAGACAUCCAACCAUUGUGAAGUGGUCAGUCUAUGGGUCAAGGCGGGAAUUGGCGGCGGAGCCUUCACGGCAGUCCUCCUUGUCUGUCUCACGUGCUAUUUCUGGAAAAAGAACAAGAGGCUUGAAUACAAAUACUCAAGACUAGUGAUGUCUGCCAAUAAGGACUGCGAGCUGCCAGCGGCCGACAGCUGUGCGCUGGCGGAGGGAGAAGGGGAGGAGAACGAAGACGAUGUGGUUUACUCGAACACUCCUUCAUUACUGGGAAAACUGAAAGCUAUCGCGAGCAAGCAGGCAGACGGUGACGGCAGCGAAUCGGUACAGCUGAAGUCGUCUCAAGCAGAGAGAUGGGUUUGGGGAUAACGGACUAGAAAAAACAGAUUCGUCGUGAUGUACAAAAAAGAGAAAGAGAGACGUGAAGGGAGCAUUUAGGUUCUUACCAACAGUUUCCAAUAUCUUUUUCAGAUUCUCAAUAUUUAUUUACAAAUUCACCUGGUUCCCAAUACAUACAGUACUCACCCACAGACACAUAAGCAUCAACCGCAACAGGGACAUCACAAACACAGCGUUUGAGUAUUCACACUGCCCUAAAAAACUGCAAACUGAGCCGAAACAUAUUUGUGAGAGUAAUUGUGGACGGAAAUGCUCCACGUUUAAGUUCUGCUUGAUAAGUAUAUAUCUAGUGAUUAGCCAACAGAGGGAAACUAUACCGCCACAGAGCGUGACUAUCGCUUUCGUUUCCUCUUGAUCACACAGCAGAUCUAAAAGAGACGAGAUGACCGCCCGUUCCCUCAUGUCUUACCCAGAGAACCUACAGCUCUCCUCUUACUGUUGUUUUCUAUUUGUAUUGUGUAUUUUGAGCUGUUUUGUUCUUCUCCCUAUAUUGGUUAUGCUUUAAUAAACUUUAAAAGUG